GCCACCAACGUCGAAUCGGACGGACGCAACAUUGAGAAUAUUACGCAUUGUGAAUAUUACGUAUACGCCACAAGUGCCGCAAACUUUUGCCGCCAGUUGAAACAAGCGCAAAGAGUUGUUCUUGUUGUUGGUUUUUAUUUUGUUUGUUGGACUUGUCGCGCUCGCCCGCUCGUUAGUGAAAUUCCAGGCAUUUUUACGGUUCCGGCCAAACGGGCGGAUAAUUUGGCCCAACAGAUAACAUUCGAGAAGCUGCCUAAAGCUGGCCAUAAAAGUGCGUGCUACCAAAAUAUAUAUGUUAUAUAUUUAUACAUAUAUAUUUAACCCGGCUACAGCAGCAAUCUGAAAAACUCGUCAGCCAACUGGCCAACAGUUGCCGGUGGCCAUGUGGCAUCCACGUACAACGCUGCUGCCCUGGGCUGCACACAGGCUAAAUGCACGGCAAUGAGGCAAUGAGUGAGGACCACGUCGCAGGACCACAACCACAAAGCCAACCAGAAGCCAAGCAGGCAACCAAGAGCAGUCAACAUCCAACAACUGGGCAGAAAUGCAAUCUGAUGUGUUCGCAUCUUGGCUGAGUGCCACGUAAACUCUCCACGCACACAAACACACACAUACACACACAUACAUACACACAUACACACAUAGACGAGCACACACAGCUAACACAGAGUCACGUAAGCAGAUUGGCAAGAGUCGCAGGAUCACUGAGGACACAAGAGCAGGAGCAUCGAGGAGGAGUGCAGAGAGAGAGAGAGAGAGAGAGAGAGAGCGAGAGAGAGAGAGAGCAAGAGAGAGAGAGAGAGAGGGAGCUUUAACCACAGCGAGUGCUUAGCGCCCGUCAUGUUGCGAGAUAUAUUUCUAUAUUUAGUUCUAAUCGUUUUAUUUUGCUUUAUUUUCAUGGCGCAGUUAAUCGUCAACGUUUACGCAUUCCAGCGCCAACCAACGCCUGCCCAAAGGGCCGAACGCAAUGAAAUUAUAUUUGUCUAGGAGUCCCGUUGUUAUGGUAUGCGCCUCCACUCCCUGGAGGCAUAAGUCAAGUAUUUGCUGGCUUGCCAUUUAAUGAGCGCCUUAAAGUCGAAAUCAAAGAAAACUGGUUCGCUGUCAGGGUUCUGUUCAAAAUCUCGCUAAGAACUGAUAAACUGGGUUGCGCACUAAUUAGUUACGGUCGUAGUCUAGGGAAUGGUAUCAUGAAUGCACAAUGAAACUUUGCGGCACAAUAAGUCGCAAACUGAAAGAGCAGCAGCAGUGUUAAGCACGGGAACGUGAACCCGACGCACAUGCACACAAAGAUGAUGCAACAAAGUGUUGCAGCAUCGUUGCAUUUCAGAUAAAUUACUUACUGCUCGCCAUGCUCGCAAAUCUUGUAAUUACUUAUUUUAGCGUACGCUUUAAAAAAGAUGAAGAAAUCGUUGCCUACUUUUCUGCGUGCAGAAAAAAUGAGCCAACACAAAUGCAUUCGAGUGUGGCAAAUGGAUUUAGUUUGUAUUGAUUUCGAGGGCACACACACACCCCCAAUUUUAUUUUUCUUGUUUUUUGU